AUGGCGGAGACGUUAAGCGACGAACACGUCCUUCUUCUUGAGAAAACGCUGCAGAAAAACAAUGAAAUGAUUGCGGAAAAUCAAAAGCUCCGUGAAGAAAUGAAGGCGAAGGAGGAAAACCAUAACAAAGUUCUGCGAGAGGUUCUCAAUGAGCUUCAGAGCAUUAGACAGAAGCAGGACAAUGGAAACCGAGUUCGGCCCGAACGCCAACGAAAAACGAACAAAGUCCAAGUUCCUUCAACCUGUCGGGUCAGUAUCCCUAUAUGUGAUUAUCAUUUGCUAAAAUUUUGGUUUAACAGGUCACAUUAAUUGUCUCUGUUCGAAGCAAAUUGAAAAGAGAGCGCGGGAACAAUGAAUCUGACAGAGAGAGAAUAAGCUUAAUUGAUUUAAACAACAGUUCAUUCAUCUACCUUUGUUUGCAACGCAAAGACACAUUUUUAAAGUGCGAUUUGUUUGCUGCUUUCUCGACUAUACUGUUGAAGGGAAAAAAGCUUUUGUUUGUGAGGGGGCGGAGGGUUGUAUUCGACCUGUGUGCGGGUAUGGGUGAGCUGCUGAGUGUUUGAAACCCUGACCAUGUUUUGGAAUACACAAUUCCUAAAAUACAUACCCCGUUUAGGACAACACCCUCUCACGUUAAAAAGGCUUAAAUUUUCACUUUGCAAAUGAAUAGGAGCCUGGUAUUUCCUUCUUACUUAAAUCUUUUCAAAUUAGAAAAUAAUUGUUUUCUUUUGAUAUGCACAGGGUGCGACAAUGUGCUGUCCAAUAGCCCAGGGUUAGUGGAGCUUCCUGUUGUGCUAGCAUGUCGUUCAUCAAUAGUAACGGGCAAGCAGCAUUUGCUGAGACAAAGUAUAUGCAGUGUUGCAGAUAGAAGAUGGGCCUCGGGUCAUUGACCCAAAAAAGAUUAAGGCUUCCUGACCCAACAGAUGAAAUAUAAAAUGUUAAAUAAAUAUGAGAAAAAAAAAUGUGGUCUGGGUGAUCCCUCAAAUGGUCUGCAUGACCCCGCAACCCCCCCCCGGCCCCCGCUUGAAGUAAUUAACGGGAAUGCUGUAGUAUACAUGUAUGUUAAGUGAAAAGAGAAGCUGGUUGCCCUGCGUGUCUGCUUUUCACUAGAAAUUGUCAUUUCAUGCUGAUGCAGUAUCCUGUAUUUGGGGUUCAUGAUUUAUAAUGACAGAAAUUAAUUAUAUCAUUCUGCAUUUUUUAUAGCGCACUUUGCGAAAAGUGGUGAAGACACUAAAAACCAAAGACGAUUUUCCUGGGUUCCAUCUAACAGAAAGGUAUAGAACAACACAGCAAUAAUCGAACAGAAACUCUUUUAAUAUGUGUUUUGAAUCUGUUGUGUGAAAGAAGAAAGAGUGCAAAAUAAUAAUAAUAAUCAACUUUAUUUUUCGAGGGUGGCACUUGACAGUAUAAAAUACUGAUAAACUUGUGGCCCUCAAAAAGGAGGCCAAAAAAAUUUUUUUUCGUGCCACGCUUGGAAAUUUUGACCUAAAAUUCGGCCAACUUUUCGCGACCGCGCGGAGGAUUAGGUCCAUGUGAAUCAAAAAAAAAAAUGGCGGCUCAAAGGGAACAAGACCAAGUGGAAAUUAUUAGUGGCAUUAAAGGAGCAUUAAAUCGCCAGAAGUCGAAUUUUUCCCGGCGGAUUUCAAAUUUACAUAAGCUAAGAGAUCUAGAUCAAACUUUUCAAGCGCUAGGGAAAGUGGCCGAGGCUGUUGUGAAGGGAAAAUACGGUCCCCUUCGGGAUCGAUAUCAGCAUGAAAUUUGUCCCAUAUCUUCCAUGUUGGAGCACACAAUGAUACGUGCUAAGAAAGGCAUUUAUCGCCGACUUAGUCCGCGGAUGAGUAAAAUCCAUCCUUGGAUGAUUUGUUUUGACGUCCCGAUGCCACAGGAAGUGUUCAAUUUAUUGAAUAAAGGGGUUGUAAAUCUUACACGUUUUGGUGUAGAUGUUUUGGAGCAGCCUUAUUCAGUCACAAUAACAUUCUCAAGUAUGAAAAGACUGUGUGCCCUAUUUAAUAAAUUUGAGGACUGCCAAGGAUUCACAAAGAAGCUAGGAGUUGGAAAAGGGGAAGUGAACUCAUUGUUGAUGAAAGGAAGAAUGGAAUUAUGAAAUAUAAAUAUAAAGAAGAAAUGUUGGAAUUGAAAUUCCAUUAUGGCCAUUGGAAUGCCUUUGGUAUCCUUCAUCAUUGAAGAGCGAACACUGUUUUCUAUACAGUUACUAAUGAGUUGAGGUAGCAACAUAUAUAUAUAUAUAUAAUUAUAUAUAUGUUGUAGUUAGUUUUUUUUAUCUCAAGUAAUUUUUAUUUUUCCUUUGUUUCAUCUUUAUUACCAUACCUAAAAACCCUGAGUCGAAUACCAAUGAAGACAAUUGGCAGAAGUCGCAUUAUCAACUUGGGAUCAUUUGAGUCACCCUGAAUUGCUUUCACUAGAUACAUAAAGCCAUGCAAGAUUAGGCGGGAAUCUUUGCCAGUUAACCUGUAAGUGAAGUCUUUAUCUUUAGCUCUAUCCUCAAGGAGCCACCUACCUAGUUGUUUUUUCAUUAUCCCUGCUUUAACAUCUUGUUUCAUGGCCUUUGAAUAUCUGGACAUUGUCGAAUUGGAGGGCAAAUCAUCAAGGCUAUUUAAUUUUGGGGGGGAGGCUACUUACAGAAAUAGCAAGAUCAAGUAACAUUGCAUGAAAAUGUUGGACACCAUUAUUCUUAAGGUGAAGUGGUUCAACAACUUCCUUGUCACAUAGCUUACCAAUUAAUGGUUUGAAUUCUUGUCUGGAUUUUUUUACAGCAAUAAAUUGAGUUACUUUGGAUCUCUUUGUUGAUACUGCUUAAUGACUAGGUAUUUUUUUCUUGAAAUCUUCAACCUGUUUUGCAACAUUGAUUCUUUCUGCAUACUGCCAAGGCUUCCACUUACAAUCAUGAGAUUCUCCAUACUUCCCAUUCAGUGCAUUACAGUCAUCUUUGGAGACAUUAGCGAAGCUAGAAAAAUAUUUAGCCGCAUUACUUAAUUCCCCAUUUAUAUAUGCAAGGAGUUUCAUAUCUCCUGGCAGGAGAUCAAAAGAAAAGGUGACAUUCUUACCCAAUACUGUGUAAGAUUUGCUCUCUAUUUUUUCUCUGUCUGUAGCAAGUUUCGCUGUAAAACGAGAAACAACCAUGUGGUCCUCCUUACAAUUACCUCCAAAUAGCAAAAAAUUGUCAUUGGGACUAGCUACCCUGGGCCCCACAUUCAAAAAACUUAUCAGCCAUGACAUAGAUUGAUCCCAUUUCCCAAAAGGAGCCCCAUCACCCCCUAUGGCAACCUUAAAUGCUCCCUCCCUCUCACUGAACCACAUCAGCUUAUCCCCAGGUUUCCUGUACUGAUCAGUCUCAAAAUAGAACUUGGCCAGCAGAAGUAAAAAGUUCUCCAGGUUUCUAUAGACCCCAUCAACCUGCUGAUCAGGUGGAAGGUCAUGGCAUAGGGUUUCCCUUAUUGAAUAAAAUUCCCCCACAUCAAUUUCUUCAAUUUUUUUCAUUAACAACCGAUAGGGAAUGAGUUUAGGAAUGGGAUACCCAUACCAAACAAAACUCUUUCUUUUGACACAGAACCUAGUUUCUUGGUGUGUUUCUUAGUAUUUUUCAUAACAAGAGCUGAUCUUGUUUUUUCAUAUUUUACCUUUCCCAUCAAUCCUCCUGCAUAAAGCUUAGAAAGUGAACGAAUGACAUUAUGAUCACUUUGCUCAUACUGCUUAACCUGAGGUUUUAUUACUGCUAGACUAGCUUUUCUCAUCUUUUUUGAUGAAGAAAAGUAUUUAGAUAGAGCUGCUGUCUUCGCAUAUUUAGUCAGCGUAGAAAACAUGCCAUCCUAGGCUGAUGAGGACCUGUCUUCAACAGAUCCACCAUUUACCUCUGUUGCUGCAACCAACGUUUCAAGUUGUCUUCUGCUGGCACUUCGCUGCGGCACGUUUAGCUUUCCAUCAUCAGUGAGCACAGUUGGACUUUUUUUUCUUAGAGAGGAUGUGUUAGCUGUCACUUCAAAAACUAACCUUCUUUUAGUCUUGAAAGCGGGAAGAUCAACUUUUACCGAAUCAACAUUUUCUUUUAUGCGAGUUUUCUGCAAGUCCAAGAACGUAAGUUAACCCUUUAAGCCCUAUGAAUGAUCAGCAUCAAAUUUCUCCUUGUAAUAUAAAUACUUUGUUAAACAGAGUGGUCAUGAGAAUUGCGGACAUGAUCACACAAGAUGAGUUUGCUUGAUAUUUUAUCAACUUCUUCCCACUUCUUCUGUACGAAAUGAAUGUAGCGAAUUUAACUUAGAGAACAUUUACUCUGGAGUAAAUUUUAGCGGAUCGAUGGAAAAAUCGCAAAAAUAAGAACCCGCAAAUUUUCGUGCCACACGGUAGUCCUCUCCUUUCACUAAAAACCUUUUUCAAGCUAAACUUACCUUAUUCUUGAGUCGCUGAAGCCUUUUUUUAAGGUACAAAUUUCCUUUGAUUUCGAAAGGUACUCAGAGCGUAGCCCUCUGGUUACUGAGCUCCCCAACAGGAAAAUUUGACUUGCAUUUCUUCGAUGUAGUGCUCUUUCUUCGUGACUUGCUCCCCAUGUAAACCGCUCAGCGAACCAUAUAAACGCAAAAAUCUCUAAGAAGCAGAGGCAUCCGGUAAAAAACCAAAACGAGGAAAACACAGCCGAGGUUUCAGGUUUUCUGUUUACGAUAACAUACCUGGCAAUAAUACGUUUCCCAGCGAGAAAAUUUUCGACAAAAAUACUCAAUUUUUCUUGAAGGACUGAGAACUCAGUGUGCAUGAAACAGAGAGUAAAAGUACAAGGAAAAAUUUUGCAGAAGAAAGAUGUAAACGCAUGCAAAUCGCAUAUCAACAGAAAGCUUAAAGCCUGUAGAAAUUUGUUUUUGAGUGGGAAAAACUCCCCUAGUACCCAUUCCUCCGCAAAUGGCCAAAUUCUGACCAGGACUCUUGAGCGAAAAUGGCUGCCAAAUGACCGCGCUAUAGAACUGCUAAUUAGGGACUGGAAACUGGGGACACUAAACUUAGCCAAAAUUGGCACAAAAAUUUCCAAGCGUGUGCCUCCAAAAUAGCAUAAUCUUUAUGGGUGACCAUCGUGUCAACAAACAUUGGUAAUGCAUACCAAACUUAUCUCACUGGAGAAGGAGGGAAGGCAUUAAGAUAAUUCUAAUUGUCUCUGUCUCCUUCCUUAUAACUUACGUUUAACAGCAAGCCGUUUAGCAAGCAUUUUGUAUAUAAUUUCCAGACUCUUAAAGCAACUUGUCACUGUGGCUAUAACAGCAUACCAAAUCUCAACCUUAAUUUAAUUUUUCUUUGUAUCAACCUUACUCACAUUCAUGAUUUUGACUGUAAAGACUUGCAUCUGUUGAGGCUAAUGUUUUCAUUAUAGACCUGUUCAUUAAUUUAUAUAUUCAUUCCUUUGUUUAGUCUCCUGAAUUAAUAAGGCAAUAAAUAUUCAGGUAGAAAUCCAUUUAAGGGUCAUAGAAUUACAACUAUUGCUUGCUUUGCCAGCGGCAUGUCUAAAAUGCAGGUCACAGCCAAAAAUUAACUCCUUGUUUGAGUAUAUGUACCAUGGUUUUCAGUAAUCCUACAAAGCUAAGAAAAGUAAAAGUAUUUUAAACUUGUAUAGUGGCUCAUUCAUUUGUUUGUUGAUAUUGCAGAAGCUAACGCCGAGAACCCUGGCCUGAAGAAGAUUACAUGGCCAACCAGCAAAAAGGCGCAGCUGGCAGAAAUUUUAUCGGAGGAUUAUAUGUCCUCUGAAGAGAGUGAUGUGGAAGGCAAGUUCUUGGUCAAAGAGCUUGCCUGGGAGAGUAGAAAACUCGAGAAAAGAAGGCAGCAGUUGGAUAAAUUUUAUAAUGAACAACACAGCAAGCGCACAAGGGAGCGCCUUGUGAAGAGAGUUCGCGGUGAGGUACUCUCAGCACAGCAAAAGCCGGUUGAUUGCCCAGAUUGGGAUGUAUAA